AUGCCUCGAGUGUCGAAAAAGUUAAAACUACUUAGUGAUAUUGGGGAAUAUGCUGCAGCUACCGCAAUCCUAACUGAAGAUGAGGGAGAAAUCGACCAGCAAAUUCUGGAAUACUUUGAAAUUAUUGCAGUAAUUCAGUCGCAACGGUGUUCUGUUCCGAGAAUUCGAGUCCCAAAAUCAGAUGAAUGGUACCUCAGUGUGUUGGCCUCGUAUGACGACACUCGGUUCAAGAAAUAUCUUCGUGUCACACGAUUUGACUUUGGAAGAAUUCUGGAAAUGAUUAGAUGCCACUCUGUUUUUCAAGAAGUAACGAAGAAACAAAUUCCAAUCGAAAAACAACUAGCAAUUGCUUUAUACAAGUUUGGAACCAACGGUACAGCGUCAGGAGUAGGAAACGUGGCAGCUUUAUUUGGUGUUGGAGACGGUGGCACUGUGAUGAUGUCAGCUCUGCUUCAUUUAAAGAACGAUUGGAUCAAGUGGCCAUCUCAAGAAGACCGGAAGGUUAUCGAAAAUUCAAUGGAAGCUGAGUUGCCAAAGUGCAUCGGUUACAUUGAUGGAAGUCACAUUAAUUUGGAAGAAUCUCCCAACACUGAUCCAGAAUCGUACUUUGACCGGAAGCAAAAUUAUUUUAUUCAGCUCCAGGCCGUAUGUGACAACUCUAGAAAAAUAAUCAAUAUUUUUGUUGGAUAUCCUGGUUCAACACAUGACGCCCGUGUCUUCAGCAAUUCGAAAAUUGGAAAACAUCCCGAACUAUUUUUAUCUGAAGGUCAAUGGAUUGCUGGAGACUGCAUACCCGGUCACAGACAAAGUUGUUACUCCCUUUCGCAGGAACUCCAACUUUGGCAAUGA